AUGAUGGAAUCCAUUUUGCAAAACCCAAAGUGUGUUUAUCGUACUGAUGGUUAUUUCCCCAAUACAUUUAAACGCAAUUGCUAUCGGUUCAAGAAUGCUCUUCACAAUCGCCUUUAUCCCAUCUCCCCAAUGUUUUUUUCAAUAAUAUUCGUAGUGAUUGCUUCAUUUUUAUACAAAAAUCCACCGAAACAAAAUUUUCUUAUGAUUUUGCGAGAAAUACUUCAUGAACAAAUUGCAUUUAUGCUUAAUAUUUUAUUGUUAUUUCAUCGUCUAUUCAGUAAAUUAUCACCGCAGCUGUAUUCAUGUGAAGGAUUAUUGCCAACUUUACCGCUUCCAUCGCUUAAAGGUACAAUCCGCAGGUAUCUUAACAGUGUGGAACCUUUGCUGAGUCCUGAUGAAUUUAUGGAUGUAAAGAAAAUGGCUGAGAAUUUUUUAAAAAAUGAAGGAUGGAAACUUCAGGCAUUAGCAUGGGUUUAUUGGUGCUUCGUCAGCAAUUAUGUCACCGACUUAUGGGAGAAAUAUGCUUAUUUAUAUAUGAGGAAGGGCGUCAUGAUAAAUAGUAGCGUUGCACAUUUAGAUGUUUUCGUCAAUGUACCAGCCAACCAAGCUGUUCGAGCAGCACACGUUGUAUUGUUGGAAACACUGAGUAUGCUAUCAAUUGAUCGGGAAUCUUUACGACCCAUAGCCGGAGGAAUUAUUAGUUUGUCGCAUCUCCGGAAAUGCUAUGGAACAACACGAGUACCGGGGGAAAUUAUGGAUCAUUUGGAUGUGUACUGUGGAACUUCACGUCACAUUGUUGUUUAUUAUCGAGGUUGCAUUUACAAAUUGGAUGUUUUUGAUGAAAAUGAUCGUAUUCUCAGUUUGGACGAACUUACUGAGAUAUUUUCGGAAUUGCUAACUCGUAAUGAAAGUGUUGGAGAAGUGGAGGGUCAAAUUGCGGCGUUAACAACUGAUUCUCGAAAUCAGUGGUGUUUAAAUCGUCGUCGAUUUUUUCUCCAAAAUGCUAUAAAUUGCGCUUCUUUAGCUGUGAUAGAAUCGGCUAAUUUCUAUCUGAUACUUGAUGAUACUAAUUAUAGCCAUGAUUCUCCGGAAGCGCUGGGAAUUUUCUUAAAAAAUAUGCUAAGUGGUGAUGGAAAGAAUCGUUGGGUGGAUAAAUCAUUAAAUUACGUUGUUACUCCAAAUGGGAGAAGUGGCGGAACAACAGAGCAUUCGGUUGCUGAUGGAGCGGAAUUUGCUUAUCUUUUUGAAAAUUAUCUUUCCACUGAUUUCCACAUCAAUCAUUAA